AGCCGCCGCUGCCAAUUAUCACACAGCCGCCGCCGUCAUUUUUGACGAAAAGGAUCGUAAAUAAUUGCACGCAGAACUGAGAUCACGUGUCCGGGAGAUGGAAUCAGCCGCACGCGCUCAGCGGGGGAUUAUUUGUUCCGUCGGAACACAGAAGUCGGUGUGAAACGGCUCCAAACGGGUGAGUUCUCCUCCAGCGCGACAACAAUUCCAUCUGAAAUGGUUUAAAAGUCGGGUUCUGUGUUCCGACCUCGGAGGUUCUGUCCGGUAAAUUCCUUCUAAAGACGUCAUGACUUGAGUAUUCGACGCAGCGACGGUGGAGUUAAAGAGCCCAAAGAGACAGACGACAUGGCAAAAAUCGGCUGUGUGAAGUCCUUCUCGACCAGGCAGCGGCCGUCCUCCAGCAGGCCCGGUGACGAGCUCGCCGUCCUCGAGAAUGGAGACAGCAGGGCCGUGUCUCUCUGCGAAGAGAACUCAGAGACGGCGUUGUCUUCAGAGUCCCGCAGAGACUCCUUCACAGGCACCGGGGCGAUGGCCAGGCUCUCUUACUUCUUCUUCAUGCUGUGGAACUGGGCGUCCCACAGAGUAAACCCCGAAACAGAGCGACACGACUCUUUCCUCGAGCGCUUCAGAGGCCCCGAACUCAAAGACCUCUCCAGCCGAGAGAGCAAUGCCCAGUCUGUGGACCAAAACGACACGACCCGGAAGAGGAAUCUUGCCAGUAAGUGGCCGCUAGCUACUUACAACAUGAAUAACUGCAACAACACAGACGACAAAAAAGAGGAGAUUAAAAAAGAUGAGAAAAAAGAGGAGGAGAAGAAAGACGAGAAGAAAGACGAGGAGAAGAAGGAUGAGAAGAAAGAGGAGAAGAAGGAGGAGAAGAAAGAUGAUAAAAAGGAUGAUAAGAAAGAUGAUAAAAAGAAGGAGGAGCCUCCGAAAGAGAUCUGGAUUAUGGAUCCAGCCGCGGACCAGUACUACAGAUGGCUGACCAUCAUCGCAGGCCCGGUAUUUUAUAACCUCAUGAUGAUUGUUACAAGGUCCUGUUUUAACGAACUCCAGGAAACUUAUACGAACCUCUGGCUCUUCUUGGACUACACCACAGACAUCAUCUACUUCACCGACACCUUCGUCAGAUCAAGAACAGGUUACCUGGAACAAGGCCUGCUGGUGAAAGAUUCCACGAAACUGAGAAAUAAAUACAGAACCACGUCUCAGUUCAAAUACGACAUGAUUUCAAUGAUACCCACUGAUCUGCUGUUUCUGAAGUUUGGAUACAACAACCCGGAGUUCCGAUUCAACCGUCUUUGCAAAAUCUCAAGGCUUUUUGAGUUCUUUGAGCGGACUGAAACCAGAACCAGCUUCCCAAACAUGUUUCGCAUCAGCAAUCUUGUACUCUACAUCCUCAUUAUUAUCCACUGGAAUGCUUGUAUGUUCUUUGCCAUUUCGAAAACCAUUGGUUUCGGAACCGACACGUGGGUGUAUCCCAAUAUCAGCCACCCAGAGCACGGCCGCUUGGCCAGAAAGUACAUCUACUCCCUGUACUGGUCCACGCUGACCCUCACCACCAUCGGAGAGACCCCCGCUCCAGUCAGGGAUAUUGAAUUCGUCUUCGUCAUUGCCGACUUCCUCACGGGCGUGCUGAUCUUUGCUAGUAUUGUCGGUAACGUCGGCGCCAUGAUCUCCAACAUGAACGCCUCCCGGGCCGAGUUCCAGGCGAAGAUCGACUCCAUAAAGCAGUACAUGCAGUUCCGAAAGGUCACCAAAGAACUGGAAGCCAGGGUCAUCAAGUGGUUUGACUACCUGUGGACCGAGAAGAAGACCUGCGACGAGAAGGAAGUGUUGAAGAACCUCCCGGACAAGCUGAAGGCCGAGAUCGCCAUCAACGUCCACUUGGACACGCUGAAGAAGGUUCGUAUUUUCCAGGACUGCGAAGCCGGUCUGCUGAUUGAGUUGGUGCUCAAGCUGCAGCCACAAGUCUUCAGUCCCGGCGACUACAUCUGCAAGAAGGGGGAUAUCGGCAGGGAGAUGUACAUCAUCAAAGAGGGGAAGCUGGCCGUGGUGGCCGAUGACGGGGUCACUCAGUUCGUGGUCCUCAGCGAUGGUGCGUACUUCGGGGAGAUCAGCAUCUUGGGCAUCAAGGGCAGCAAAGCAGGAAACAGGAGAACGGCCAACAUCCGCAGCGUGGGUUACUCCGACCUCUUCGCCCUGUCUAAAGACGACCUGGUGGAGGCUCUCACCGAGUACCCAGAUGCCAAAAAGGCUCUGGAGGAGAAGGGCAAAGCCAUCCUGAUGAAGGACAACCUGAUCGACGAGGCGAUCGCCAACGCCGGCGCCGACCCCAAAGACCUGGAGGAGAAGAUCAUCAAGCUGCAGGGCAACCUGGAUCUCAUGCAGGGCAAGUUUGCCCAGCUGAUGGCGGAGUUCACCUCCGGCCAGGCCAGGAUGAAGCAGAGGGUCACUGAGAUGGAGGCCAAAGUUAAAUCCAUACGACCCGAGGAUCUGUCAGAAGUGGUCGCCGACAAGGACAAAAAGGUCCAGUGAUGUGAGAGAUGCACCAGGAUCACGUAGAGUGACGCUUUUCAAAGGACCAUGUUUAUAUUCGUUUAUACAUCAUCAUUAUAAUGUGUCAAAUUGUGUACAGCAAAUGUAUUUGUGUAUGCUUUGAGAAUAUUUAUAUAUAUAUAUACACACACACACACGUAUUUAUUGUGCAUGCAAGAAAAGGCUUUUCAUAGCCUUAGAAUAAAGAGGAAUGUUUUGAACCGCUACAUCCCUUUGAUACGGUCUGUGAAGGUACAAAAUAAAACCCCAAAUCAGGUCUGUUUAUGUUAUAAUCAGCAUACGCGGUCAGUUACAUGUAAAUAAACAUUAAAAAUGUUGAUAUAACAAACUGUUCCUGUAUAUAGACUUUCUUCUUGGAAAGAGAAAAGCGAUUGAUGAUUCUCUUGUGGUUAGACCCCUGUCACAUGACCUACAUUCAUGUGAUCCUUUUCUACUGUAGAAACACGGCGGACUCCAAGAAGAGGAACCCUCAUCUCGUUCUAAGACAAUAAAAAGCUGUCCGUUGCCAUCUUGGCUUUUUAAAACAAGUUCAACGGAAGUGACCAUAUUUGGACUGUUCUGCGCCCUAAAGCAUACUUUUAUGUUUUGUUCUAUUCUAAAUAUUUUACUAAAUGAACAUCAUGCUGUAUUGAAGAAGACUUGAAACUAGAGACUGAGACCAUAAACUCAUGUUUACAAUGUUUACUGAGGGAAUAAAUCAAGAGAGAAGUAGAGUCAUUUUCCAUUAUGACAAA